ACCUGGUCCAUGACURUCUGUCUGUCUGUGUCGGUGAAUUACGUCACACAUCACAUCGAGACGUAGUCAUAACUUCGAUCAUGUGGCUCCUUUAACGCUAUCUAGCUCACGAGACCCGGGCACUAUUAUUACACUACACAAAUUACGUAAAAGAGUUAUCACAAGGGAUUACUAACAAUUUACAAAGGAUCCACGUCUCAAAAGUGAAAUCUUAGUGUAUUCAUUCGAGAAAGAUGAACCACUUAACCAUCAAAAUAAUCGUUAUUUUCGGUAUUUUUCUUCUAACUUUUGUGGCUGGUGUCCUUCCAUWCAAGAUUGGUAAUAAUGGAGGGCCUGGGAGACAUGAUCGCCGAAGACGUAUUUUAUCCUACUGUAACUGCUUUGCUGGUGGGGUAUUCCUUGCUACGAGCCUCCUAGAUUUAUUACCAAUGAUACGAGAAAAGUUUUUGGCGGUUUUUCAAGAGGGGGACACGUCGACAGUUUUUCCAGUGGCUGAGUUUACGACGUGCGUUGGUUUUUUUAUCGUCCUUGUGUUAGAGCAAAUAAUUCACACUUUCCAUGAUAGUUCAUUGUUUCAUGGACACGGCCAUGGAGACAGCGAUGAUACAAAACCAUUGUUGAAUUCAGCAAUACAUCGAGGACAUGUCCAUCCUGAAGGAACUGUGRUAGAAAGCAGCGAAUCAUUUGCGACGAGAAAUGGAGGAAUCCUACGUGGUAACGUCACGCAGAAACAUGAAACAGAAGGCUCGAUUAGGACGUACAUCCUUGUAUUUGCUCUAUCCUUACAUUCAGUUUUUGAAGGACUUGCUCUAGGAUUGAUUGUGGAAUUAGACCGRCUUGCUCAGAUUGCCACAGCGGUUUGCAUUCACAAAUCUAUAAUUGCAUUUAGUCUGGGAGUAAGCAUGGUGCAACAUCAAAUGGGGAUUAGGACAAUUCUAAAGGCUGCUUUGAUAUUUUCUCUGAUGGGACCUAUAGGUAUUGGUAUUGGAAUAGCUGUACUUGAUUCAUCUACGCAUUUUGGAAGCAAUCUGGCAUCUGGGAUUCUUCAAGGAAUUGCAAAUGGUACAUUCAUAUUUGUGACUUUCUUUGAAAUCUUACAGCAAGAGCUAUCAAGACAAGGGAACAGACUUCUGAAGGUCUUAUUUAUGAUCAUUGGUUAUUCCAUAGUUACUGGCUUGUUGUAUUAUGCAAACCUCCUGGAAAAAAAACCCCAUGCAAUUCAUGACCCACACCCAACUACAUCUGGAUUAUUUCAAGCUCUGUAGUCCAUUUCUACAAAUUAUCAGCAAUGACAAGUUAUAAAGAUUAUGGAGUUUAAUAUCAAGAGCGUAUUAAAGGAAGGUAAUUCAAAAUCAUUGGAUUACUAGACAUUAGAUGUUUAGGAAUGCAUCUUUUGGAGAAAAAGUGACAAACUUGUCUGGCAUGACAAACAAAGAGUAUUUGACUUAAACAAAUAUACGAAAGAUCUGUAAAGGUUUUUGAAGCUUAAAAAAUUAACAUUGCAUUAUUUGCAAUCAUUGCAUGUUCAUCGUUUAGAGUUUUGAUAUUAGAGGAUUUGAUUGAGUUAUUGCAUAAAAAAGAUAWGUUAUUGAAAUGAUGAUUUAAGAAAAARWUUUUAAAAAUGACAUCAAAUUAAUAGAARAUUACUGUUCAGACACACUGACCAYRAUGGUCGGUUGCUAGGGCUUUUUCUCCCUCUGYCCUCAAAAUUGAGAKUUUUARGCCAUAGACAGAAGUACAAUAUAUCAAAUGCRACAAAACUWGGCAGGGAAGUAGGUUGAUAAAUUACCUACUAAUUAACGUYGGYUUCAUCCMAUGUGACUGCUAUUGUGACRUCAUAAWUCAUGUCCAAAUUUGGCAUAAGAAUAAAAAUUCACAAAAGGAAUGGUAAAAAAUGUAAAAUAGUUUUCUGCAUAGAAUUCUAUGAUUUCUGGUGAAAACUUGAUCUCAUUCGGAUACAAUGGUGUGAAAUUACAGCUAAUGAAAGAAAUUCAAAUUUCCCAUUAAUGACGUAUUGCGUGAUGAAAGAGGCAUCAUAGCCCUAUACAUCCAAAGUCAAAAAAACUACAAAUUUGAUUUUAUACAACCUUGUCGCUGCUCCUGUGCCAAUAUACAUUCAUUGUCUGGCUGUUUAAAUACCCCUAAAGUUUGACCAUAUAUGGUCAUUUGGCGGGAAAUUUGAAUUUCUUUAAUAAGCUGUAACUUUACACCGUUGUAUCCGAAUGAGAUGGGGUUUUCACUGUAAAUAUGCUCUUUGUGUACCAAAAUUAUCUAUAACACUUUAACAAUGGUUUACAAAUUUUUAACGUUGUUACUAAAAAUAGGUGUUACUUAUGACGUCAUAAUUUCAAGAAAAGUCAAAAAUACCAUUAUUAUUGUAAAAUUUUAGAAAAUUUUUUUUCUAAAUAACAUGUUUCGAUGUAUUGCUUUAUUUGGAAUAUAACCUACUCUUCUGUAAGCCAAAAUUUGAAUUUAAGACCCUUGCGGGAGGAAAAGCCAUAGCAACCAACCAUUGUGAACCAGGACUACUUGAACAAAAUUUAAGAUAAAAAAAAUAUGUUAUUGAAAUGGUGAUUUAAGAAAAAGUUCUUAAAGAUGACAUCAAAUAAUAAUAGAAAAUUACUGUGCAGACACACUAACCAGGACUAUUUGAACAAAAUUUAAGAUAUAAAAGACUUUAGCCAAUCAGGAGAUAGCAAAAUCAGUAUCAUAUUGACCCUCGCCAAUCACAAUCUGUCAUUCCCACAGCUGUUGAUAACAUCUAAUUCUUUUCUCAGAUAUCUAGGCUUUGUUGCCUGCACCUGAUUGGUUUGAGUAGAACUUUAUGUUGUGACUGGUUAACUUUUUACAAGCUUGGUCCUGGUUAGUGUGUCCGYACAAGUAAAACAAGAAGGUCAAAAAAUGACUUGUUGAAUCAAAAGUUUAUAUUUCAAAAAUCAAAAGAAUUAUAA